AUGUCUUUUGCUGUGGUAAUAUUUGACAAUAAUGAGGUAUCUGAAGUACCUGAUAAUUGGUUGAUUGACAAGGGAGGUGAAGAUUACUGCUGGUGGCCACCUGCUCAUAUGAAAAAUUUAACGUCAUUAAUCGCAAAUUGUGUUAAACCAAAUGAGUCUACCUGGUCUCUAUUACAUGUCACAGUGGAGAAAUACUGUAAUACCAUAGAAAAAGCUCGAAGAAUUGCUGAGGACUCUCAGUAUAGCAGUACAGAUGAUGCAGAAUUAGGAAAAGGAUAUCGAAAACACAGACCUGCAAAAAAAUAUUUGAAUAUAUCUUCUUCUGGUAAUGAAAGUAAUGAAGAGAUUGCUACUUCAGAAAAAAAUAAAACGACCAAAUUGCCAUGUAUUCCACCGCUUCUUGUGCAGCAUUACAAUAAUUCUAAAAAUCAAAAUAUAACUACAAAAUCAAUAAGAUCGUCUCAAUCAAAUCAUGAUUUGGAAGCAUCAAAUAAAGUACAAGAAUCAACUUCAUCUAUAUUACGGUAUAAUGAAAAUCGUGAUAAAAGAAGUGACCUUAUUAGUAUUUUGAAAAGAAUAGAAGAAAAAUUGGACAAUCUAACGAGAAUAUGUGCUGUUUUCCAAUUUGAUUUUAAUGACAUACAACAACGAGUGGAUCGCAUUACACCUAUUGUGAAAAUUUGUGGUCCUACAGAAAAUAUAAGAAAAUUGCUACCAUUGACGUCAAUUGAAGAAAUUAAUAACUUUGAGAGAUUCUUGAAAGAAGAGAAAAAUCUCGUUGAAUAUAAAACUUUUAUUGGAAAAAUUGGUGGACAUUCAGCUCGUGAAAAUAUUAAGCGAGUAUUGUCUUCAAUAUUUGAUGACAGAUUAGCAAAACAAUGCUCUCUGAAAGGAAGGAAAAAUAAUUACGGCAUUGAGAAAUUGACCAUACUAAAAAUCAUUAGAGAAUGGUUCAGAUAUGCGAAUCAGCGUUAUGGAAAAUGUGAAAAGAGCAACACAAGACAUCAGACGCAAGAUACAUUGGAUCCAUAAUUCAAACUUUACAGUAUGUAGUAUUUUUUUCUUCCGAAUUUCUGCGUUCUAUAGCACAUUACAAAUUGAAAAAUUGAAAUUUUAAAUUCAAUUCAAUUCUCUUAUUUUUUAUUAUUACAUUUACUUUUAAUUUUUGUGAAUUAUAAUUUUUAAUAUUUAGUUUAGUUCCUAGU